AUGGAUAUAUGCCAUAUUAUCAUCACAGUAAAAAGUGAAAAGAGAGUUGAAAAAGAAAGCAAAAGCCACCUACUCAGUACAAUAGGGCAACUUCUCCUUAAUCCAAUUCAGAAACUUGAGACAAUGCCAACUUCUUCAAUCUUCUUUUCUCUCUUCGUUUAUCUGUUAGCAUUUUCCUCGAUUGCAGAUGGGGAGCAAGUCAUACUGGUGAACAACUGCAAGGAAAGCAUUUGGCCUGGGAUACUUGGCAAUGCAGGUCAGUCCACUCCUAAAAAUGGCGGCUUCCAUCUUGGUAGCGGCAAAGAGGUAGUUCUUGACAUGCCCAAGAAGUGGUCAGGGAGGAUAUGGGGCAGGCAAGGUUGUAAUUUUGACGGUAAUGGGAAGGGUUCUUGUGAUACAGGUGACUGUUCUGGAAUGCUUCAGUGCCAAGGAACGGCAGGUGCACCCCCUGCAACUGUGAUAGAAAUGACUCUUGGGUCAUCUUCUUCACCAUUGCAUUUCUAUGACGUUAGUUUGGUUGAUGGCUUUAAUUUACCGGUUUCGAUGAAACCAGUUGGUGGCGGAAUUGGUUGUGGACUUGCAUCAUGUGAAGUUGAUAUGAAUGUUUGCUGCCCAUCAGCGUUGGAAGUGAAGAAAGGAGCCAAGGUAGUGGGAUGUAAGAGUGCCUGCUUGGCCAUGCAAUCAGCUAAAUAUUGUUGCACAGGGGAGUAUGCUAAUCCAAAGACCUGCAAGCCAACGCUUUUUGCACAUCUCUUCAAGGCUAUCUGUCCAAAGGCCUACAGCUAUGCUUUUGAUGACUCUAGCAGCCUCAACAAAUGCAGGGCUUCACGUUAUGUUAUCACUUUCUGCCCUCCUAAAUGAUCAAUAGCAAUAAAAAGUCAAUGUUGGUGCCAUGACAGUGUUAAAAAAUAAAUGCCAACACCAACAGAUAACAGAGGGAUCAGUCAAUUUUUUCCCUUUCUCUAUAUAUGAUAGCUGUUACGAUUAUGAAGAUAUGUCAGUAAUGAAAUGGAUGGAAAAUUGUCCUUUCUCUUUAUAUCUUAGCUAAUUCCAAACUCUUGUUCCGAGUAUCCAAUUACUCCCCUAAUGAU